UGUUCUUACACCAUGUUUAACCAACAUCUGGUCUAGUUUCCGUUUCUCGUUGUUACACGUUGGGAAGCUGCAGGAAAUACACUUUGACCAGAGACAGAAGUCAGUCAAGUCAUAGAAGCUGCAUCACAAUGACUGGACUUCUGGCCGCUUUGUUCUUUCUUAAUACAGCAUUUUUGUUUGAAACAAAUGUUCCUGAGCAGAUGCUUCUCGUUGUGGCUGAAUCUGGUGAAGAUCUGACUCUGACAUGUACAGUCACCGACACUGAAUUUGGGAUGUUCUACUGGUUUAAACUGAACUUCGGGUUUAUGGUCCAAACUGUUGCUUCAGGAACAUUUAACACAGCAUCACUUCAAGGACAGUUUGACAACUCAAGAUUCACCUUCUCAAAGUCAGACGCUCAGUUUUUUCUCCAUAUCAGAAAUGUGAGCAAAGCAGAUGAGGCGACGUACUUCUGUCAAGCUGGAACCUCGUACACCAUGAGGAUGCUUAACGGCACACUCCUGGUAGUGAACGAUAAAAAGCUGCAGGAACCAAACUACGUGCUGCAGAAACCAGACACAGUCUCCGUGGGUCCAGGAGGCUCAGUGACUCUCCAAUGUUCAGUCCUGUCCAAGGAGGACGACAGAGACCAGUGUUCAGAGGAACACAGAGUUUACUGGUUCAGAGGUGGAGCCCACGGAUUUAACCCAGGCUUCGUUCACACUCCGUGCAUGGACGGAGAAGAUGGAGGCAGAAGAAGCUGCAGUUACAGCUUCUCCAAAACCAUCCAGGACUCCUCUGACGCUGGGACCUACUACUGCGCUGUGGUCACAUGCACACAGAUCCUGUUUGGUGGAGGAACAAGAGUGGAGACAAAUCAAGUGGAUCCAGUUGUCGUUGUUUUAGGCGUCCUGCUGUCGGUCUGUGUGACUGUGUUCGCCAUCUUUGUAGUCUUAAAGGACUGAAGGCAUCAGAUGUGCUGAGAGCAGAAGCUCCUGCUUCUCUGCUGCUGAACUAUAGCAACAAGCUCAGCGUGUCCAGCGCCAGUGCCGUUUAGUGUAACUGCAGCAAGUAGACACUUGAUGUAAACAUUCAUAGAAAAGCAUUGAGAUCUAAU